UAGGCAGCACACUAGGAUUUGAGAGACAGCCGCAGACUUUUAAACAUCAAACAGGCCGCUCCGGUUCGGGACAGCGAGUCAUUAUAGAAGAAGAAAACAAACACCCACUGAUUAUUAAAACCAUCCCUCCGGUAACGGGUAACGGGUCAGUCGCUGCUGGUGUGGUUAGUAUGGACUGAGGCUGGACGGGUGUCAUCGGGGGGCGCCGGUGACGCAGGAAAAACACCCGAAACGAACAGAAGAGACCGACACCGAGAGAGAUCUCAGCGGACAGACGCCCGGUGCUCGGUAAUGCGAUGGUCUCUGCGGCCCGGCCUGAGCUCCAGGUGCUUCGAUCUCGCUCCCUCAGCUGCCGGAAACGCCCCGCUGCCGCCCGGCCUGUAGAUUCUCGCCCGGCUCCUGCCACAUAAACAGACAAGAUUGCAAAGAUCUGCCCCGCAUCGAGCAUGACGGCCACCACCCGCGGCUCGCCCGUGGGGGGCAACGAGAGCCAGAGCCAAGCGCCAGACAGCCAGAACCAAACCCAAACCCAAACCCUGCUGCCCCAGAACCAGACGCCCUCACCAAACUCCUCCAAUGAGACGUCACCCAUCAGUCCGCCAGAGGAACCGGGGCAGGGAGAAGCCCCGCCCACACAGGAAGAGGAGGAGCCUGCCUUCCCCCACACAGACCUGGCCAAGCUGGACGACAUGAUCAACCGGCCGCGCUGGGUGGUUCCGGUCCUGCCCAAAGGAGAGCUGGAGGUUCUGCUGGAAGCUGCUAUAGAUCUCAGUAAAAAAGGGUUCGACGUGAGGUGCGAGGCGUGUCAGAGGUUUUUCCGCGAUGGCCUGACGAUCUCAUUCACCAAAAUCCUGACGGAUGAGGCCGUGAGCGGCUGGAAGUUUGAGAUCCACAGGUGCAUCAUCAAUAACACCCACCGUCUGGUGGAGCUCUGCGUGGUCAAGCUGGCUCAGGAUUGGUUCCCUCUGCUGGAACUGCUGGCCGUGGCCACCAACCCGCACUGCAAGUUCCACAUUUACAACGGCACGCGUCCGUCCGAGAGCGUUCCUGCGGGAGCACAGCUGGCUGACGAUGAGCUGUUCGCCCGGCCGCCCGACCCACGCUCUCCUAAGGGUUGGCUGGUGGACCUCGUCAAUAAGUUCGGGACGUUGAACGGUUUCCAGAUUCUGCACGAUCGCUUCAUGAGCGGCCAGGCUCUCAACGUGCAGAUCAUCGCAGCUCUCAUCAAACCUUUCGGCCAGUGCUACGAGUUCUUGACUUUGCACACGGUGAAGAAGUUUUUCUUACCCAUAAUCGAAAUGGUCCCACAGUUUCUGGAGAACCUCACAGACGAGGAGCUGAAGAAGGAGGCCAAGAACGAGGCCAAGAAUGACGCUCUGUCCAUGAUCAUAAAGUCCUUGAAGAACCUGGCGUCUAGAGUUCCGGGUCAAGAGGAAACCGUCAAGAACCUGGAAAUCUUCAGGUUAAAAAUGAUCCUUCGGUUGUUGCAGAUUUCCUCGUUUAAUGGGAAAAUGAAUGCGUUGAAUGAAGUGAACAAGGUGAUCUCGAGCGUGUCGUAUUACACUCACCGGCACGGAAACCCGGAGGAAGAGGAGUGGCUGACUGCGGAGCGAAUGGCUGAAUGGAUUCAGCAGAACAACAUUCUGUCCAUCGUGCUGAGAGACAGUCUGCACCAGCCGCAGUACGUGGAGAAGCUGGAGAAGAUCCUGCGCUUCGUCAUUAAGGAGAAAGCGCUGACCCUGCAGGACCUGGACAACAUCUGGGCGGCUCAGGCUGGUAAACACGAAGCGAUCGUCAAGAACGUCCACGAUCUUUUGGCCAAGCUAGCGUGGGAUUUUUCCCCGGAGCAGCUCGAUCACCUGUUCGACUGCUUCAAGGCCAGUUGGACGAACGCUGGUAAGAAGCAGCGGGAGAAGCUUCUGGAGUUGAUCCGCAGGCUGGCGGAGGAUGAUAAGGACGGAGUGAUGGCUCACAAAGUGCUCAACCUGCUGUGGAACUUGGCACACAGUGAUGACGUCCCCGUCGACAUCAUGGACCAGGCUUUGAGCGCCCACAUCAAGAUCCUGGACUACAGCUGCUCGCAGGACCGCGACACGCAGAAGAUGCAGUGGAUCGACCGCUUCAUCGAGGAGCUCCGGACGAAUGAUAAGUGGGUGAUUCCGGCUCUGAAGCAGAUCAGGGAGAUCUGCAGCUUGUUUGGAGAAGCUCCUCAGAACCUCAGUCAGACGCAGAGGAGUCCACACGUCUUCUACCGCCACGAUCUGAUCAACCAGCUCCAGCACAAUCACGCGCUCGUCACGCUGGUGGCCGAGAACCUGUCUGCGUACAUGGAGAACAUGAGGCAGUUCUCCAAAGAGCAUCUAGGGUUUGAUCCUCAGACGGUUCGAGCAGGAAGCCGGUACAGCCACGUACAGGAAGUGCAGGAGAGACUCAAUUUCCUGAGGUUCCUGCUGAAGGACGGACAGCUGUGGCUUUGCGCUCCGCAGGCCAAGCAGAUCUGGAAGUGUCUGGCGGAGAACGCCGUCUUUCUGUGCGACCGCGAGGCCUGCUUUAAGUGGUACUCCAAGCUGAUGGGUGACGAGCCGGAUCUGGACCCGGACAUCAACAAGGACUUUUUUGAGAACAACGUGCUGCAGCUGGACCCCACGCUGCUCACGGAGAACGGCAUGAAGUGCUUCGAGCGCUUCUUCAAAGCCGUCAACUGCAGAGAGGGCAAGCUGGUGGCCAAACGCAGGGCGUACAUGAUGGACGACCUGGAGCUGAUCGGCCUCGACUACCUCUGGAGGGUCGUGAUUCAAGGCAGCGAUGACAUCGCCACUCGAGCGAUAGACCUGCUGAAAGAAAUAUACACCAACCUCGGACCAAAACUACAAGUGAAUCAGGUAGAGAUCCAUGAGGACUUCAUCCAGUCGUGUUUCGACCGGCUCAAGGCCUCGUACGACACGCUGUGUGUGCUGGACGGAGAUAAGGACAGCAUUAACUGCGCCAGACAGGAGGCCAUACGCAUGGUGCGCGUUCUGACGGUGCUCCGAGAGUACAUCAACGAGUGUGACAGCGACUACCACGAGGAGAGGACCAUCCUGCCCAUGUCCAGGGCGUUCCGGGGGAAGCACAUCACGCUGGUGGUGAGGUUCCCCAAUCAGGGCCGUCAGGUGGAUGACUUGGACAUCUGGUCCCACACCAACGACACCAUCGGCUCGGUGCGCCGCUGCAUCCUCUCUCGCAUCAAAGCCAACAGCACACACACCAAAGUGGAGCUGUUCAUCGGAGGAGAGAUCGUUGACCCCGCUGACGACCGCCGGCUGAUUGGACAGCUCAACCUCAAAGAUAAAACUCUCAUCACAGCGAAGCUCACGCAGGUCAGCUCCAACAUGCCCUCCAGCCCCGACAGCUCGUCCGACUCGUCCACCGGCUCGCCCGGGAAUCACGCAAACCACUACAGCGACGGGCCGAACCCCGAGGUGGAGAGCUGCUUGCCAGGAGUGAUCAUGUCGCUGCAUCUGCGCUAUAUCUCCUUCUUGUGGCAGAUCGCUGAUCUGGGCUGCACCUUGAACAUGCCGUUACUGCGAGACGGCGCUCGAGUUCUCAUGAAGCUCAUGCCUCCAGAUAACACUACGGUGGAGAACCUGCGAGCGAUAUGUUUGGAUCACGCCAAGCUGGGAGAGAACAGUCUGAGUCCCACUCUGGAUUCACGCUUCUUCGGCCCGUCCGCUUCACAAGUGCUCUACCUCACGGAGGUGGUGUAUGCGCUGCUGAUGCCAGCCAGUGGAACUCUGGGAGACGAUGCCAGUGACUUCCAGUACAACUUCCUGAAGAGCGGAGGUCUGCCUCUGGUUCUGGGCAUGCUCACGAGGAACAACUUCCUUCCCAGCGCGGACAUGGAGACGCGGCGCGGCGCUUACCUGAACGCCCUGAAGAUCGGCAAGCUGCUGCUGACCGGCGUGGGGUUCGGACACGUGAAGGCCGUGGCGGAGGCCUGCCAGCCGCUGGUGGAGGGAACCAACCCCGCGUCUCCGAUCAAUCAGGCGACCCAUGAGCAGGCUCUGGUGCUACAGAACGCUCUCCAGAACAUUCCCAAUCCUGCCUCCGAGUGCAUGCUGCGCAACGUGGCCAUCCGGCUCGCCCAGCAGAUCUCUGACGAGGUUCUGACCUUCACCGCUUUACAGUCGCAGUAUGAGGCCCGCUUCACGCUGAUAUUCCUAACUUUGUUGCUUUCCUUCACUGUACAGAACUUCUUCCAGGCCUCAAAGUACAUCCCGGACAUCUGUGUGAUCCGCGCCGUGCAGAAGAUCGUUUGGGCUUCAGGUUGUGGGAUGGUGCAUCUGGUCUUCAGCUCGAACGAAGAGAUCAGCAAGAUCUACGAGAAGACUAACGCAGGUAACGAGGCGGACGCGGAAGACGAGCAGGUGUGCUGUGAGGCGCUGGAGGUCAUGACCUUGUGCUUCGCUCUGCUUCCUACGGCCCUCGACACACUCAGUAAAGAGAAAGCCUGGCAGACCUUCAUCAUCGAUCUGCUGCUGCACUGCCAGAGCAAAGCUGUGCGUCAGAUGGCUCAGGAGCAGUUCUUCCUCAUGGCCACCAGGUGCUGUAUGGGACACAGACCCCUCCUGUUCUUCAUCACCCUCCUCUUCACUGUUCUGGGAAGUACGGCUAAGGAAAGAGCGAAGCAUGCUGGCGAUUACUUCACGCUCUUGCGCCACUUACUCAACUACGCCUACAACAGCAACAUAAACCUUCCCAACGCCGAGGUGCUGCUUAACAACGAGAUCGACUGGCUGAAGAGGAUCCGGGAUGAGGUGAGGAGGACCGGAGAGACGGGCGUGGAAGAGACCAUUCUCGAGGGUCAUCUGGGGGUCACCAAAGAGCUGCUGGCCUUUCAGACCCCGGAGAAAAAGUUCUACAUCGGCUGUGAGAAAGGAGGCGCUAAUCUGAUAAAGGAGCUGACAGAUGACUUCAUCUUCCCGGCGUCUAACGUGUAUCUGCAGUACGUGAAGAGCGGCGAGUUCCCGGCGGAGCAGGCCAUACCGGUGUGCAGCAGUCCUGCGUCUAUAAACGCCGGCUUCGAGCUGCUGGUGGCACUCGCGGUCGGCUGCGUGCGCAACCUCAAACAGAUCAUCGACACGCUCACAGACAUGUACUAUCUAGGGUGCGAGGCGCUGACGGAGUGGGAGUAUCUGCCUCCGGUGGGGCCGCGGCCGAACAAAGGCUUCGUGGGUCUGAAGAACGCAGGAGCCACGUGCUACAUGAACUCCGUGAUCCAGCAGCUUUACAUGAUCCCGCCCAUCCGCAACGGCAUCCUGGCCAUCGAAGGCACCGGCAGCGACAUCGACGACGACAUGUCCGGAGACGAAAAACAGGACAACGAGAGUAAUGUGGACCCCAGGGAUGAUGUGUUCAGUUAUCAUCAGCAGUUUGAUGACAAGCCCUCUCUCAAUAAGGCCGAGGACCGUAAGGAGUACAACAUCGGAGUGCUGCGGCAUCUGCAGGUCAUCUUCGGUCACCUCACCGCGUCCCGUCUGCAGUACUAUGUGCCCAGAGGCUUCUGGAAACAGUUCAGGUUAUGGGGGGAGCCAGUCAAUCUGAGAGAGCAGCACGACGCGCUGGAGUUCUUCAAUUCCCUGGUGGACAGUCUGGACGAGGCACUGAAAGCCCUCGGCCAUCCCAGCAUGCUUAGCAGGAUCUUGGGCGGCUCGUUUGCGGACCAGAAGAUCUGUCAGGGUUGUCCUCACAGGUAUGAGUGCGAGGAAUCCUUCACAACGUUGAAUGUUGACAUCAGGAACCACCAAAACCUCCUUGACUCCUUAGAACAGUACGUCAAAGGGGAUCUUCUGGAAGGAGCCAAUGCAUACCACUGUGAGAAGUGCAACAAGAAGGUGGACACGGUGAAGCGUCUGCUCAUCAAGAAGCUCCCGCCCGUGUUGGCCAUCCAGCUCAAACGCUUCGAUUACGACUGGGAACGCGAGUGCGCCAUCAAGUUCAACGAUUACUUCGAGUUUCCUCGUGAGCUGGACAUGGAGCCCUACACGGUGGCAGGCGUGGCCAAGCUGGAGGGGGACGAGGCUCCGCCGGAGAGCCAGGUCAUCGCUGAGAACUCUCCGGCGGAGUCGGAUCCGAAGGACAGCUCGCGCUACCAGCUCGUGGGUGUGCUGGUGCACUCGGGGCAGGCCAGCGGCGGACACUACUACUCCUACAUCGUCCAGCGGCACGGCAGCAGCGGCGACGGACAGAAGGACCGCUGGUACAAGUUUGACGACGGUGACGUGACGGAGUGUAAGAUGGACGAUGACGAGGAAAUGAAGAACCAGUGCUUCGGUGGAGAGUACAUGGGAGAGGUGUUUGACCACAUGAUGAAGCGCAUGUCGUACCGGAGACAGAAGCGCUGGUGGAACGCAUAUAUUCUGUUCUACGAGCGCAUGGACACAGCAGGGGGCGACGGAGAGCUGCUCAAGUACAUCUCCGAACUGACGCUCAUGCCCCGGACAAACCAGCCUAAAAUGCCCUUGGCCAUCGAGGCCAGCGUUCGCAAACAGAACGUGCAGUUCAUGCACAGCCGCAUGCAGUACAGCCUCGAGUACUUUCAGUUCGUUAAGAAGCUGCUGACCUGCAAUAGCGUCUACCUGAACCCUCCUCCAGGUCAAGAUCACCUUCUACCAGAAGCUGAAGAAAUAGCGAUGAUUAGUAUACAGCUUGCUGCUAGAUUUCUGUUCAGCACCGGAUUCCACACAAAGAAAGUGGUCCGAGGCCCUGCUAGUGACUGGUAUGAUGGCCUGUGCAUCCUAUUGCGUCACAGCAAGAAUGUCCGCAGCUGGUUUGCACACAACGUCCUCUUUGCCUUCCCCACGCGCUUCUCGGAGUACCUGCUGGAGUGUCCGAGUGCGGAGGUGCGCGGAGCUUUUGCCAAACUGAUCGUGUUCAUCGCACACUUCUCCCUGCAGGACGGACCCUGCCCCGCUCCGGUCACCUCGCCCGGCUCGUCCACACAGGCCUGUGACAGUGUGACCCUGAGUGACCAUCUGUUGCGGUCAGUGCUGAACUUACUGAGAAGAGAAGUGUCUGAACACGGCCGCCACCUCCAGCAGUACUUCAACCUCUUCGUCAUGUACGCCAAUCUGGGUCUGGCAGAAAAGACACAGCUGCUCAAGCUGAGCGUUCCAGCCACGUUCAUGCUGGUGGCGCUGGACGAGGGUCCCGGUCCUCCCAUCAAGUAUCAGUACGCCGAGCUCGGCAAACUCUACGCGGUGGUGUCGCAGCUGGUGCGCUGCUGUGACGUGUCGUCCCGCAUGCAGUCCUCCAUUAAUGGUAACCUACCUCUGGCCAAUCCGUACGGCGACCCCAGCCUCACGGCUCCCAUCAUGCCCCUACAGCAGCUGGUGACCGAAAUCCUGUUUGUGCGCACCAGCUACGUGAAGAAGAUCAUCGAGGACUGCAGCAAUUCUGAGGAGACGGUGAAGCUGCUGCGCUUCUGCUGCUGGGAGAACCCACAGUUCUCCUCCACGGUCCUCAGCGAGCUGCUCUGGCAGGUGGCGUACUCCUACACCUAUGAGUUGAGGCCUUACCUGGAUCUCCUGCUGCAGAUCCUCCUGAUCGAGGACUCGUGGCAGACGCACCGGAUCCACAAUGUUUUGAAGGGCAUUCCUGAUGACCGAGACGGGCUCUUUGACACCAUCCAGCGCUCCAAGAACCAUUAUCAGAAACGAGCCUAUCAGUGCAUUAAAUGCAUGGUGGCGCUCUUCACCAACUGCUCUGUGGCUUAUCAGAUCCUGCAGAGUAACGGGGAUCUGAAGAGGAAGUGGACGUGGGCCGUGGAGUGGCUGGGCGAUGAGCUGGAGAGGAGGCCGUACACGGGAAACCCUCAGUACAGCUACAACAACUGGUCUCCGCCGGUCCAGAGCAACGAGACGUCCAACGGCUACUUCCUCGAGCGCUCCCACAGCGCACGCAUGACGCUGGCCAAGGCCUGCGAGCUCUGUCCUGAAGAGGAGCCAGAUGAUCAGGAGGCACCUGAUGAGCACGACUCGUCUCCGCCGGAGGACACGGCCCUCUAUCCUCAUUCUCCAGGGACGCAAUAUCAGCAGCCGAAUAACCAGCCUCACGGGCAGCCCUACACCGGCCCGGCCGCCCAGCACAUGAAUAACCCACAGCGACCCCCGCAGAAGCCUCAAGACAGCUGGGAAGGAACCGACGAGGUCCCUCCAGUCCAGACUAAAGAGUAGCAGUCGCCCACACCUCGCCUCGUGACCGCAUCCCGCUCGUUUCCAGGACCGAGACCAGGCCUGACCUCUCCUAACACUCUCUGCCACCCGACUCCUGCGGCGCCGACGGCCCUCUCCAUACUCCAUCUGUCUCUGGUGAUGACCCUGGAGCGGACGCGGGUGUCCACACCGUUUGGUGCUCAGACGCAGACGUGCUACUCUCGGUGUGAACCGUCGCUGUAGCGGAGCGUGCAGGAAUGUGAUGGUGUAUAUAGUGUGCAAACAUCUGGACCUUUGGACCCCCUCCAGCUCCAUCAUCAUCAUCUGAAAACACCACAGCAGCCGAAUGAAGGGAAACCUGAUUGUUGCUCGUAUGCGUUUGCUGCGUCAGUGUGGACCGUUGCGACAAACGCUGCAUCCUCGCGACUCUCCGUGGGGUUUCUGGGUCAACUCGGUGUCACUCUACUGAUUUAGACGGCAUUGAAUUCUUUCUGAUUUGUUUUGUUUUUCUGUUAGGAGUGUGAUUGAACAGCACUGCAGCUGGCCUCACUUCGUCGUCCAUCCGCUUCAGCCUCAUUAAUGUUGGUGUGACAAAGUGGCUGCAGAUUGGCACAUUUACUCCACAGACUACAUUCUCUCUGGCGCUCGAGUCCACGUCUCAUUUGUAUUGUCAGCGGGCUGGAAAGUGUAAUAACUCGUCUUGUUUUGCCACCAUUGAAUGGAAUUUCAGUUGCCCUAGUUCUGAGUCUGGUUCUUGGCUCCUCCCACCUGCUCUGUCCCUGUCCAAUGAAAAUGCAGCCCCGGCCACACUGCUCUGUAUCCGGGGAGAUUUGCAGGGAGGUCAUCAGGAUGCAUUCAUCAGUUGUACUGGAUUUAUGAAGUGUGGCUGUUUUAUCUAAAUACCAAAAUCCCUGCGAGGGGAAAUUGAAGCCCACCAUAUUCUAUUUUGCUGUUUUCUUUAAUAGAGGUUAUUUUGUUGAAUUUGAGAAGAAAGAGUUUGAGUGUUUGAAUGCAAAGGCCUUGUCCUUCUGUUGUUAUUUUUAAGAGGAUAUUUACUGUACAGAGUUCUGUGAGCCCUGUUUUUGCCGACCGUGGUUUACGGUGUGAGGAUGGAUUCUGGAGCUGCUUUGUGAAGUUUUCACUUGAAGAAGUCUUUUUUUUCUCUCUUCUGCACAGACGUAUAAUAACAGAAGCAUUGCACCACUAGAAACAAUAAAUUAAACAUUUCAAAACAAGCUUGACUUUUUAUUAGCUUUCCGAUGGUUUCUAUAAGAAGGUACAUUUUGUAAAUACCCGAGUCGCACAGACACGCUCGUGCUCGUUAAAUCAUUGCGUCCUGAGAGAUUCGAUUCAGUAGAUGCCACGUGGAUUUGCUGAAGUUCGUCUUGAAACAUCUGCCAAAACCCAUCCUAACACAGACUGAACGGCCCUGAACUGGGCAGUGAGCGGGUUAAACCGUCUUAACUAGCACUACAGGUCAUCUUCUCUCAGGCCAUCUGUUGAGAAUACGUCCUCCUCUUUGACAGAGAGGAUCUCACAAGCUUCGUUUUCUUUGUUCUUUUGCUCCAUUUUUGUAAACGUCUCAUCAGAAUGACAUUUGCCUUCUGCUUUGUUUUUGCUUUUUCGGGUUUAAUUUUGUUUGAAUUCUAAAGCUCUUUUUGUGAAAUGUGCAUGGAUAAACAAGCACUGUACAAACCCAGCACACUGUAAAAUUAUACUUUAAAGGUAAAAAAUAAAUGGUAUUUGAAUUA